AUGGCUGCAACUUCGCGCUCUGCCAUUCUUCGCUUCGGCGGUCGAUCGGCAUUCAUCCAGCCGGCGCCUGUAUGCGCCAAAGUAGCAGCGCCCAGGACCUCAUUUCAACUCUCUUCAACUCGCGCCAUCAAGAGCUCUCCAGCACCUGAACGGAUCUCGAGGCGCUUCGGCACCUCUUCACGAACAUUGGCGGACGAGGCUGCCGCAGAGCCGGAGAAGCAGAUGGACGAUGGGGAGAAGCACAUUCAUGAUCUGCUUACGAAUCGCUUCAAACCAGAAGCCAUCAGGGUGCAGGAUGUGAGCGGUGAGUUUCUUCGAGCAGGAGACGUGUGAUCAUGCCAAGCUCAACGCAGAACAGCUUCAGAGGGGCUAAAUUGUAUGACCUUUCGCUGGCCCAGGUGGCUGCGGCAGCUUCUACGCAAUCACCAUCGCAUCGAGAGAAUUCGCGGGCAAGCCCACGGUUCAGGCUCAUCGACUGGUGAACGAGACGCUCAAGGAAGUGAUCAGUGGCAUACAUGGGCUGCAGGUGCGUGAAAAUGCCGCCUCCUGCCUUGCUGUGCCCGCGCUUCGAUAGCUCACCUUCGCCUCUCAUUGACCGCUCUGGCCUCGCAGCUAAAGACAGUGCCGAUCAAAGACUAA